GUCCCUCGGACACAGCGGAUCACCGAUCACGGAAAGAGCCGAAGAUGUUGGCUCGGUCAUGUGAUCAGCUGUGUCCAAUCACAGCUGAUCACUGAUCAUCAGGGCACUGAUGAUCAGUGUGCCCUGAUGAUCAGUGUAGCCCCAGCAGUGCCACCUGUCAGUAUCCAUCAGUGCCUCGUGCCAGUGCUCAUCAGUGCCACAUAUCAGUGCCUACCAGUGCACAUCAAUGCCACAUAUCAGUGCCCAUCUGAGCUGCCUUUCAGUGUCACCCAUCAGUGCCACCUAUCAAUGCCAAUCAGUGCCGCCUAUCAGUGCGCAUCAGUGCCGCCUAACAGUGCCAGUUGGUGCCGCCUAACAGUGCCAGUCAGUGCCGCCUAACAGUGCUGCCUAUCAGUGCCAUAUAUCAGUGCCAUGUAUCAGUGCUGCCUUUCAGCGCCCAUCAGUGAUGCCUGUCAAUGCCCAUCAGUGCCACCUACCAGUGCCUCCUCAUCAGUGCCCAUCAGUGCCACCUAUCAGUGUUGAUCAGUGCAGCCUAUCAGUGCCCAUCAGUG